GGGGGGCGCGCUCUGGGCGCUAGCUAGCUAGGGCAAGGGUCGGAGCCCGCGAGCGCCGCCGUCGCCGCCCGCCUGCCACCACCUGCUGCCGCCGGUCUUCGCCGACCGAGGCGCGUGCGUGCGUUCGCGGGUGCGCGUCGAGGGAGGGGAAGCACGCCACCACCACGCGCGACUCGCUACUUGGCGACGACGACGCCGAGGCCGAGGAGGCGGACAAGCGCGGUUCACCAGGCGUACGGCGCCGCCGAAGGGGGUCGAGAAUCCCGCGUCGCUCGCGGGCGGGCGCUGAGGAAGCCAGGAAGGCCGCCGAAACAUAGCGGCCACACCUGCUGCUCUGCUCCCUCUGCGUGCGGCGCCCGGUGAGGUAGUCGGGGUCGAAGCGCGUCAAGUCGAGGGAGGCGAACCUGCGCCCGCGGCUGAUCGAUCGAGGCCCUCGCCGCCGCGCGCCCGCCUCGAUCGAGAGCCCUUCUGCAUUUGAUCGUCUGAACUCAGCUCAGGUGUGAUUAAGGACAAGACAUACUCAAGCUAUUUGGAAGACAACCGUGAGUUUCAUGCAUGGCCAAGGUUUCAGAUAACGAAAGGUAUCCAGUUGAAGUAAGCAAUAUUUCAAAGGAGGGGGAGGUGGAGGUCGUUAACAACAAUGUGAAGUUAAUCUGUUAUAGGGAUCCUGUUCCAGGGACUACAAAAUUCAAUUACCCAUUUUAUUAUGCUUCAGUUUAUGAUCUCUUAAAUCCUAAAACUGCGAUAGAUCAAAGCAUUAGGCAAUAUGUUGUCCUUCGAAGAAAGCCACUUCAAGAUGCAUAUGACACAUUCAACUUCUUGAGCCUUUGUGAACACCCGAACAUCCUUAAGCCCUAUGGAUUUUGGGAGGAUAAUGAUAACAAAGGUUUUAUUGCAUUUCCACGUGUCAAAGGCACAUUAGGUAACCUUCCAACAGAUGAGUUGUUCUCUGUGGAGAUCGAUGCGAAUAAGGUUACCUGGCUCAAAGGCUUUUCUCCAAGUGGCAUGCAAAUAAUCAGAGAUAUUGUGAGCUCGGUUCACUAUGUGAACGAGCGGUAUCCUCAAGCUGGCACUAGUUCUAGUGGAAGUGCCAUACCGCCACUUACGAUGUUUCCACUAGAACUUGCCUCUCACAAAAUUUUAUAUGAGAAGAUUCCAACAGGAGAAUACAAGAUUUUUCUUGGAGAUAUAUCCACGACUAACCAUUGGCCAAAAACAAUGAAAAAGAACUUUUCAGUUGAAGAUCUCAAGAGGCACAACUGGAAUUGCCUGGGAAAAUACAUUUCAACUAUCAUGGCCGGCCAUAAGCCCAAUACUGAAUUGAUACAUCUUGUAGAUGUCCUGAUAAAGAUUUGAGGAUAUUCUCUGGGAACCUGCACUAUGGGGAUCGAAAAUCAAAAUGCGUUUUGUUAGAGAGAUAGUUUGGUGCUUAGAGAAUGACAAAACAGGAGGAAGAAAGUCAACACUCUCCAAACUAUCUCCAUUGGGUCUACAGGAUUGUAUCACCAAGCUUGGACUUAACUACAACGAAGCUAAAAGUUUGUUGAGCUCCGUCAUGCUUCUAAGAAAUAAGAUUGUCGCCCACCAAGAUGAUCCUUAUCAAAAUUACACUGGACCCAAGGAGCAAAUUGGCGUGGCUAAAGCCCUCUUGGAGAAGCUUGUGUUAGACUCCAAGCCUGCUUACAUGAUAAAGCUCAUCGAAGAGAUCCGAAAGCUUAACUGGAUAGGAGAGUCACCACUUGUUAGAAGCCUUACGAGCUACGUGAAAGCAUUCGACCCCAAUCUCAAGAUCAGGACUUCAUGAGACUUAUGGUGGUACUGCGACUGAUAUGGUGGUUUUUGGGUGUUUGUGGUGUACUUACCUGGAAUAGUUGCUUAUCUGAUUCUGAUGUAUAUAUAGUCUGUCAGACGUAAUCUGUGCAUGUUUUCUUCCAGGAUGGAUAACUUAGGUGUACGGUGCAAAUGUUUUUCGGUAAUAAAUAGAGCUAUAUUGUUGCCUUACCUGCCUAGGGUGACUUGUUUCAGGGAUAA